AUGAGUUCGAUCUUAAAUUUAUCAGGGUUGAAAGAUAAGAUUACAAAUAAACUAAGUCAACAGAAACCAAACAAAAAGGAGAAAAAACAAGAACAACAAAAAAUUAAAAAACAACAAGAACCAAGUAAAGAUCAAUCAACCAUUACCAAAACCAAUAACUCUAAAUCUAAAUCAAAAUCAAAUAAAGAUUCCAUAACAAUAUCAAAAAACAAUCGAAAACAAAAUAAAGUAACUGAUGAAAUACUACGUCGAGAAGCAUUAGAAUUGGGUGCUACAGAAGAAGAUUUAAAAUUAUUAGAAGAUUUAGAUGAAAAUGAUGAUGAUCAAAGUGAAAUUGAAAUAAAUGAUGAUGAUGAGACAAAUUCUAAAGUUGAUUCUUCUCUUAAUGGUGAUUUGAGUAAGUUUAUGAAAGAUAUUGGAUUGGGUAAUGGAGAAGCAGUAAUAGUGGAUGAAGAAGAAUUAGAAGAUGAAGAUGAAGUAGAUGGAGAAGAAGUAGCUGAAGAAGAGGCUGAGGAAGAAAUUGAUGCAAAUGAGGAAGAAGAAUACACAUCAUUCUCAGAAUCAGAUGAAGAAUUAGAGGAUGAGGAGGAAGAAGAAGAAGAAGAAGAAGAAGAAGUACCUGACCUUGUAUACGACAAUCCCUCAAACACAAACAAUAAAGAUGAUGAAGUAAUAGUAAAAGAAGCUAAAAUCGAAAAAGACAAACCUAAAAAACCAACGAUAUCAUCAAAUGAAGAUGAAAUAACUGAUUUUACAACAGUAUCAAGUGAUAAAUUAAUAGUUCCUAAUCAAUUAGAAUGGUAUAAUAUAUAUCAAAUACCAUCAGAACAACCACCAAAAUUAGAUAGAUUUGCAAGAGAAAGAUUAUUGGAAAAAGCUACUUCAACAUUAGAUAAAGAUAACAAGACUUAUUUAAAAGAAUUUUCAUCAGAUUCUUCACAAAGAAAAUUUUUAUCACAAAUUUUAAGUGAUGGUACUUUAAAUGAUAAAAUUUCUGCAUUAACUUUAUUAAUUCAAGAAGCUCCUUUACAUAAUUUAAAAGCUUUAGAUACCUUGGUUGGAUAUUGUGAUAAAAAAUCAAGAAAUGCUGCAUUACAAUCUAUUAAUGCAUUUAAAGAUUUAUUAUUAAAUGGUUUAUUACCUGAUAGAAAAUUAUUAGCAUUUGAUAAACAACCUUUAACAAAAGAUGCGCAGGAUGGUCAAUUAGCAGUAUAUUUAUUUGAAGAUCAUUUAAAAAAGGCAUAUUUUAAAUUAAUUGUUAUAUUAGAAAAAUUAUUACAAGAUCCAAUUGUUCAUGUUAGAAUGAAUGCAUUAAAUCAUGUAUUUGAUUUAUUAAAAUCAAAACCUGAACAAGAAGUUAAUCUUUUAAAAUUAGGUGUAAAUAAAUUAGGUGAUACUGAUAAUAAAGUUUCUGCAAAAGCAUCAUAUUUAAUAUUACAAUUAGAACAAGAACAUCCAGCAAUGAAAAAAAUUAUAACUGAUUCUGUAAUUGAUGUAAUUUUCAAAAGUAAUAAUGAUGAUCAUUCAAAAUAUUAUGGAGUUUUAACAUUAAAUCAAACAAUUAUAACAAGAAAAGAAGAAGAAUUAGCUAAUUCAUUAGUUAAAACUUAUUUUGCAUUAUUUGAAAAAGUAUUAAUUGAAUCAAAUACAUUAAUUAAAGAAGAAUUAAAAGAUAAAACUAUAGGAGAAAGUGAAAAAGGUAGAAAAAAUAAUAGAAAAAAUUUUAAAAAGGGUAAAAAAGGUGGUAAAUCAAUAAAAAAACAAGAUAAAUCAGAUCAAGAAAUUAUUGAAGAAAAAAAUUCAAAAAUGUUUUCUGCUUUAUUAACUGGUUUAAAUCGUUCUUUUCCAUUCUCAAAUUUACCAAAUGAAAUUUUUCAACAACAUUUAAAUACAUUAUUUAAAAUUACUCAUAGUUCAAAUUUUAAUACUGCUAUACAAGCAUUAAUUUUAAUCAAUCAUAUUGUAACUCAACAAAAUUUGAAUUCAGAUAGAUAUUAUAAAACAUUAUAUGAAUCAUUAUUAGAUUCAAGAUUAGUUAUGACUUCAAAACAAGGUAUAUAUUUAAAUUUAUUAUAUAAAUCUUUAAAAAAUGAUAAAUCAAAUAUUCCAAGAAUUUUAGCUUUUGUUAAAAGAAUUUUACAAGUUAUUGCUCAUUGGUUAAAUAUUGGUGCUAUUGCUGGUAUGUUAUAUUUAUUAAAUGAAUUAUCAAAAACUAUACCUGAAAUUAGUGAUUUAUUAAUUGAUAUAAAUUCAAGACCUGAUGAAAUUGAUAAAACAACUGUUGAAUCAGAAACUAAAACUAUUGAAAACACAGACUCCACCAUCACAACACUUAAAGAAGAAGAAGAAUAUGAUCCUAAGAAGAGAGAUCCAAAAUUUGCAAAUGCAAAUAAAUCAUCAUUAUGGGAAAUUAAUUUAUUUUUAGAACACUAUCAUCCAACUGUAGAAAUAUAUGCACAAUCAUUUAUAGACAACGACAACACUUCACAACAACAACAAAAACCAGAUUUAGGAUUAUAUACCUUAUCACAUUUUCUUGAUAGAUUUGUUUAUAAAAAUGCUAAAUUAAAACCACAAAUAAAAGGUUCAUCAAUUAUGCAACCAUUAGGUGGUAUUCAUACAGGAAAUUUAUUAGUUAAAUCAACAAAUUUUUUAAAUAAAGAUUUACCAGUAAAUACAGAAAAUUGGGUUAAUAAAAAUAUAAAUGAUAUAAAAGCUGAUGAAAAAUUUUUUCAUCAAUAUUUUACAACAAAAGUUAAUAAAUUAAAAAAUAAGAAGGAAACUGGUGAGAUUGAUGAAGACGUUGACAUAGAUGAUGAUCAAGAAGAAGAUGAAAAUGGAAUGGGUGAUGAUGAAGUAUGGAAUGCUCUUGUUAAAUCUAGACCAGAUGUUGAAGAUGAUUUAUCAGAUGGAGGAUUUUCAGAUUUUGAUGAAGAUGAUUUUUCAGAUUUAGAUGAUGAUGAUGAAGAAGUAAAAGAUGAAGAUGAAGAUGAUGAAUUUGAUGAUGGUGAAGGUCCUUUACAAUCAGAAGAAAUCAAUGAAUUCGAUAUGCCAUUAGGUGGAGAAGAUGCAAAUGAUGAUGAAAUAGAUGAAGAUGAUGAAGAUGACGAAGAACUUGACAUAUUUAAUAUAAAUGAAGAUGAUGAAUUGUCAGAUUCAGAAUUUGAAGCAGAAGAAAUAGAUGAAGAUGAUGAAGAAGAAAUAAAGAAAACAGAUAAAAAUCAACCCACCAAAAGUAAAAAACGUUCAAAUCCUGAUGAUAAUUCAAAUAAUAAUAAGAAAAAAACAAAAAGACAAAGAAUUAAAGAUUUACCAUUAUUUGCACCAGCAGAAGAUUAUGAAUAA